CAGAAUGAGAAGACACACAGUACAAUUUGUUAUACAAGGUGAAUCUGCGAAGGAGUUACCCGCAAACACGUGGAUGGGUAUGAAGUUGGGUCUUGGCACACACGGUCCGAGCUUAGAGCUAGCAGAUCGCGCGCUUUCCAUGCGACUGCGACAACUUUUCUCUUUCUUCACAUCAUCACACGACAUCGAAAUCCACGAGAUCCAGACGAUGAACAAUUACCCACCUCCAACGGGAAUGGGCAUGGGCCCGCCGCCUGGCAUGCCACCGCCAUCCAAGGGUUCCUUGUGGUCGGCUGUCAAAGCCGGAGACAAAUACUACUAUGUCAACAACAGUACAAAGCAAACAACAUGGGAGAAACCUGAGGAGCUAAUGACGGAUGAGGAACGUGCGCUCGCGAACACCAACUAUGUUGAAUAUACCUCAGCCAAUGGACAGAAGUACUGGGCGCACAAGGAAACGCGGGAAACUACCUGGACCAUGCCAGACGAGGUUGCCGAAAACAUGAAGCGCAUCCAGGCCCAGCGCCCCCCACCUCCCACAGGCAGCAAUAAUGCGUGGGCUGCAGGACCCGCUAUGAUUCCACCCCCGUUCGAGCAAACUCGCAACGCUGGCGAUCGCCCCAUUAUUCCUAACCCACGUGAACGUUACAUGCCCGACCGACCAGACCGGACCGAUCGACGUGACCGCGACGACCGCGACUCCGGCUACGCUGGCGAGCGUAUGGAGCGACAGAAUUUUGUGUCUGCAUCCAACGAACUUCAAUUUCCUACCCCCCAGGAUGCCGAGGCCGCCUUUAUGAAAGUCCUCAAGCAGCUCAAAGCGCAGCCGGAUUGGACUUGGUCGCAAACCGUUCGUGCUGGUAUUAAGGACCCACACUGGCGCGCCAUCCCAGACCCUGAUAAACGCGAAGAGGCCUUCAGGAAGUACUGCGACGAGCUUCGUGCACAAGAGAAGAACAAGGAACAAGAUCGCCAGAAGAAGCUCCGUACGGAUUUCAUGGCCAUGUUAGCUUCUCACCCCGAGAUCAAGCACUAUACCAGGUGGAAGACGGCUCGUCCCAUCCUCGAAGAAGAGACUAUAUUCCGUUCGGCAAAGGACGACGAUGAGCGCCGCCACUUAUUCGAUGAAUACAUUAUGCAACUCCGGCGCUCCAACGCAGAGAAGGAAGCUGAAGAAAAGAAAACAGCUCUUGAUGACUUGGCGAAGCUGCUUCAAGACAUGGAUCUGGAACCAUUUACGCGCUGGCAAGCCGUGGAUCAAAAUCUCGACAGGCUUAUUGCAAAUCACGGUGAUAAAUUCCAAUCGAUCCAUCGCUUGGAUGUGUUGACUACAUUCGAAUCUCACAUCAAGCAGCUACAGCGCGAUCACAAUGAGCGUGUCCAGGCCGAGCACCAAGCGAAGCGUCGCGUUGAACGCAAGAACCGGGAUGCUUUCAAAGACCUUCUUGAAGAGCUUCGCCACAGCGGCAAGCUUCGAUAUGGAACGAAAUGGAAGGACAUUCACGAUGACAUUUGUGACGACCCUCGCUAUAUUGCCAUGCUCGGUCAAAAAGGAUCGUCGCCUCUUGACUUGUUCUGGGACAUGAUUGGUACGGAGGAGAACAAGUUCCGCACUCUGCGCCGCACUGCACUGAAUGCCCUUGAAGAACAACAGUAUGAAGUCACAACUGCAACUCCCUUCGAAGAAUUCUCGAGUAUUAUACGCUCUUCGUCUCGUACUGCUAAUAUUGACACCCAGUCGAUGAGGAGCAUUUAUGACUAUGUUCUUGCUAAGGUCAAACGCCGUGAAGACGACGAUCGCCGUAACGAGGAGAUUGACGAGCGUUGGGCUUUGGACAGUUUUCGCUCCAUGCUCAAACGUCUGGAGCCUCCAAUUAUCCUUGCAGAUGACUGGGAAUCGGUACGUCCUCGCGUAGAGAAGACAAAAGAAUACCUCACGCUAAAGUCAGAUUCACUUCGUCAAAUCGGCUUUGAUAAGUUCUAUCGCCGUCUCAAGGACAGGGAAACGGAUCAACCGGGUCGUGGCGACCGCCCCAGGCGUGAGCGUGAGCCUCGCGAUCGUGAGAGGGGCAGUCGCCAAGAAAGGGAUCGGGAGCGGGAGCGGAACAGGCGAGACCGCGAUCGUGAGUAUCGAAACGGAAACUCCGACUCUCAUCGCCGUCAUCGUACGCGCACUCGCUCACCUGAAAAUGAUCCUUACGCUGCAGAACGCCGCCAGGCCCAACAAGACCGAGAGGCGCGAUACAGGAAUAAUGACAGUACCGGCUUGUCCCCGCAACCACUUCGACGUGAGCGCGAGCGCGAGCGUGAUAUUGAUCGCUACUCUCGUCGAGGCAGCAGUGAUCACUAUGGGCGCGAGCGACGUGAACGCGAGGUGGAGCGUGAGCGUUCCUUUGUUGGCCGAGGAGAUCCUCUCAGUAGGGCUGAUCCUCGCGAGCAGAGUGUGAGUGAACUAGACUACGGAGAUGGUUCAGGUCGUCCUGCGGCUAGUAGACGUCGACGAGAGAGUGACGAGAGCAGUGCUAGGCGUGACAACAAGCGCGCUCGCUUCUCUCCACGCCUCGAGCGUAAGUCAAAGACUCCUGUCCCUGAAGCAACCAAGGAAGUAGAUCGUGCUAUUCGAUCUGGUAGUGAGGAAGGCGAGAUCGAAGAGGAUUAG